GCUGUUUCUUGCAACAUUUCAGAAACUGUUUCGAGCUGUCAAUUUAAGCUAUCAGUGCUUUGUACUGUUUCUUUUUGGUUGAUUAGCGACGUGUUCCUUUCGCUUUUGUGUUUUACGUCCAGAUUUUAGUUGCAGAUGCGCUCCCUCAGCUUCGUGCAGAGGGUUAGUCUGGAUUUCUCCGGCACCUUAUUCCCUCAUGCCAUCUGCCUUGGCGAUGCUGAUAACGACAAACUGAAUGAACUCGUAGUUGGGGACACAAGUGGAAAGUUGUAUGUGUACAAGAAUGAUGACCCCAAACCGUGGCUCACAAGAUUUUGUGUUGGAAUGGUUACCUGUGUUGGAGUAGGUGAUGUUUGUAAUAAAGGAAAGAAUUUUGUUGUAGCUGUUGGAGCAGAGGGUUGGUUCCAUCUGUUUGAUCUUAGUUUGUCUCAGAUAAAGACUGAUGCAUCUGGUCAUCAAGAAACGGUAUUGGGAGAUGAUCUGAAGCCAUCAUUCACUCAACAUAUUCCUGCCAACACAAAGGUUAUUCUCAUAAGUGACAUAGAUGGUGAUGGGAGGAAUGAACUAGUAGUUGGUUACACUGACCGGGUUGUACGGGCUUUCCGCUGGGAGGAAUCCCUAGAUACUACUGAACUUGGUUCUGGUCAACUAAUUCUACUAAAGAAGUGGCUUCUGGAGGGACAGGUAGAUAGCCUAUCUGUAAACCCUGGCCCUGAUGGAAGUCCUCAACUAAUGGUAUCACAGCCUGGCUGUGGCUAUGCUAUACUGAGGUGCACAUGGAUCUCAACUUACGACAGCCAAACUAAUGGAGCUUCAGUCAGUGAAAGCUCCACAGGAGAUGUAAAUAUGCGUUUGACAUCAGGACGUAUACAUAACAAAAACGUUUCCACACAUCUCAUUGGAAGCAUCAAGAGAGGACCUACAGAAGAAUCCACCAAAUGUGGCCUAUUUGCACUAUGUACAUUAGAUGGUACACUAAAGGUAAUGGACAGCUUUGACCAACUGCUUUGGUCAUUUCAAGUGGAUCACCAGCUUUUUGCACUUCAGAAACUGGAUGUCACAGGAGAUGGAUGUGAAGAGGUGGUGGCCUGUGCUUGGGAUGGACAGACUUAUAUAAUUGACCAUAACCGUAUGGUUGUCAGGUUCCAGUUUGAUGAGAAUGUGAAUGCUUUUUGUGCAGGCCAAUAUGCUUGCAAGGAUGGACGAAAUAGUCCCUGCUUAGUGUAUGUGAGCUUCAACCACAAGAUAUAUGUUUACUGGCGAGUUGAACUUGAAAGAAUGGAGUCAACCAACUUAUUGAAGGUUCUGGAUGAGAAGGAAGAGUUUAGAAAACUUCUUGGCAAGCUUCACUUGGACCCAGGGGACAGUACUACAGUUAAGAAUAUGAUACAUGAGCUGCUUUAUGGAGGUGCAUAUAAAGAGUGAAUACACCAACAGGAACUGUAAUCUUUUCUUUUUAUAAUAAAACAAGUAUUUCAUUGUC